UAUGCCUACAAAAUACAGAAUAGAAUAUAUCUAUACAAAUAUAAUUACGUUGAGCUGGUUACACUAUAAGACUUAUACUAUAAACAUAUAGUGGUGACAUUUUGAUGGUGACUAAUGUUUAUUAUUUUAUGUAAACCUUUUUGAAACGGUAUAUGAGGAUGUGAAAUGAACAAUGUCAAAUGAUUAUUUAUUAAUGUAGUGUUGUGACAUAAAUCCUAACAGCUGGGACUACUAUGCCGUCCCCCAUCAACAUAGUGACCAGGGCUGAAUGGAUGGCGCGGCCUCCCGUAACCAUCCGUCCCCUGACCACCCCAGUGGACACGGUGCUGCUGAUGUACACAGGGUCAGCUGACUACUUGACUACGAAGGAAGUGCUGAGCAUCCUCCCGGAGAUGCAGAGGACCAGCAUCUUGCUGCAGAGCUGCUUCGACAUUAACUACAAUUGGUUGGUCGAUUACAAUGGCAACAUUUAUGAAGGCCGAGGAUGGAGAACAAACGUGGAGAAAUAUCACUAUUCACCUUAUGGCCAAUUCAAUGGGAAAAGUAUUGACAUCGGGAUGAUAGGUAACUUUGCAGAUAAGAACCCUCCAAGGUCAAUGGAAAGAGUCGUAACAAGGCUUAUCGAGUGGGGAAUGACGGAAAGGUUUAUUAUAAAUACUAGACAUCUCAAGAUAUACAACUGGAAAGACUUUCCUAAUAUGAAUUACGAUAAUAUUUAUAUCCAGGAUAAGUAACAUGGAAAAAACUCCAUAACAUUUAACGUCCAGAAAAAUAAAUUUAAAUUGCUGUUUGCAAUGAGUGUUAUAUAAUGUGAUGUAUUUUUACGUAUAUAUUGAUGUUAAUAUAUUUUUCCUACAGUUACCUAACAAUGUACAUGUUCUCUCACUGAUUUGAGAAAGCAAAGUGGCCAAUUCGCUCAUCAGUGAGACAAUGUUAACAUUGUCUCACUCUAAUUACUUUG